AUGAUUAUUCCAAUACGUUGUUUCUCCUGCGGUAAAGUAGUAGGCGACAAGUGGGAAACUUAUUUAGAGUUGCUACAAGAUGAAUCCAUGCCUGAAGGUGAAGCUCUAACUAAAUUGGGCUUAAAGAGGUAUUGUUGCAGAAGAAUGGUUCUAACACAUGUCGAUUUGAUUGAAAAGUUUUUGAGAUACAAUCCUUUGGAAAAGAAGGAAAUUAAUUAG